AUGGGAUCAAACUGUUCAAAUUGUUCAUAGUGUUAAAAAGAUAGAUUAGAUUAGAUCAAUGAAGUCACCAUUACGAAGAAAUCAGAAAGCAAUAAAGCUGUUAUCUCCUCUUGUUCUUAGUAGUCCUAUCAAAAUUAUACGCAAUAACACAAAGUUUAUGAUUAUAGCUAUAAUAGUAAAAAUCAACUAAAAGUUUUGAAGAAACUUAGUAGUAAGCAUAGAAAUAAAUUUUAUAAACUAAAAUGGCUAUUAUGAUAUAAAAAUAAUGGAAGGGAUACAAAGCAAGGAAAGCUUAUUUGUAGACCAAACUGCUGUUCAAUAAGUCAUAGAAUAACUCAGUAACCGUAGAUAAGAAGAGUAAGAGGGGGAAGCAGAAAUAUUUUACCAAAGAAGAGUUUGAAUGUAUUAAAAUAUACUAAUGAAGUAACAAUUAAAUCCGAAUCACUCUAAAGGGAGUAUCGACCAAAAUACCAAUUUGUGAGUGGAUCAACAUAUGAGGGAGAAUGGUUGGGAGACAAGAGAGAUGGACAGGGAAUACAAAUAUGGGAAGAUGGGGCCAAAUAUGUAGGAUAAUGGAAAAACAAUUAAGCUUUUGGUUAAGGAACCUUUUAUCACGUCGAUGGAGAUGUUUAUGAGGGUGAAUGGGAAAAUGAUAAAGCAAACGGAUUUGGAGUGUAUAGACAAUCAAAUGGAGUUAUAUACUUUGGGUAAUGGAAGAAUGAUUAUCAACAUGGAAAUGGUUCAGAGAAAUGUAUUAAAUUAUGUUAAAAUGAUAGGGGUUGACAAUUCGGUUUAUGAGGGACAAUACGAAUAUGGCAAAAAGCAGGGAAGAGGUACCUAUAAAUGGCCAGAUGGAAGUUAUUUUGAAGGAGAAUGGUUUGAUAAUAAAAUUAAUGGUUAUGUAUAAGUUUAAUAGAUAAUAGGAUAGGGUGAAUAUAUUUGGGCUGAUGGAAGAAGGUAUAAGGGUAUAUGGAAGGAUAAUUAAAUGCAUGGUUAUGGAGUGUAUCAAUGGGGAGAUGGUCGGUCGUAUCAGGGAGAAUAUGUAAAUGAUAAGAAGCAAGGGAAAGGGAAGUUCUUUUGGCCAGAUGGGAAGGUUCUUGAGGGAGAGUGGCAUGAAGGUAAAUAGAAUGGAAGAGGUAAAUUUGUAUUUCCAGAUGGAAGAGUGAAAUACGGGAUGUGGAAUAAUGGAAAAAGGAUAAAUCUUGAGGGGUAAUACGAAUGAAUA